CCUGGGUUAGCUUCUUCUCGCUGGGGAAGGCGGAGACUGUGGUUCCUGAUCUCUGGGCCCUCAGGGCGGUGACCUGGACCCGGCUGCGCGUGCUUUUCUGUUUCAGACUUGGGAUGCAUCCUUGCAAAUGAUGUCAGGAUUCCGAGAGCCCACCUCACUGGUUUUGCGUGGGGCUCCACGUCUGCUGCGCCGGAUGUCAAGGAGGGAGGGGCGAGAAACUGAUGAAGUGACUGAGAAGAAGGAGUGAGCACCUUGCCUUUGCAGACAGAACAGCAUGGAGCAGCCGUUGACUGUGAAUUCACUGAAAAAGUUAGCUGCUAUGCCUGACCACACAGAUGUUUCGCUAAGUCCAGAGGAGCGGGUCCGCGCCCUAAGCAAGCUUGGCUGUAAUAUCUCCAUCAAUGAAGACAUCACCCCUCGCCGUUACUUCAGGUCUGGAGUGGAGAUGGAGAGGAUGGCAUCUGUGUAUUUGGAAGAAGGAAACCUGGAAAAUGCCUUUGUUCUUUAUAACAAAUUUAUAACAUUAUUCGUAGAAAAACUCCCCAGCCAUCGAGAUUACCAGCAGUGUGCAGUUCCAGAGAAGCAGGAUAUCAUGAAGAAACUGAAGGAGAUUGCAUUCCCAAGGACAGACGAAUUGAAAACAGACCUGCUAAGGAAAUAUAACAUAGAAUACCAAGAGUAUUUGCAAAGUAAAAACAAAUAUAAAGCCGAAAUUCUCAAAAAGUUGGAACAUCAGAGGCUGAUCGAGGCGGAGCGCCAGCGGAUAGCUCAGAUGCGCCAGCAGCAGCUAGAGUCCGAACAGUUCCUGUUUUUCGAAGAUCAGCUCAAGAAACAGGAGCUGGCCCGGGGCCAGAUGCGAGGUCAGGACUCCCCAGUGCUGUCUGAGCAGACUGACGGAAGUGGGCUGUCCUGCUUUUCUGCCCACCAGAACAACUCUCUGAGGAAUGUAUUUGCAGACCAUCCUCAUAAAAGUGACGGAAGUAAUUUUGCUAACUACUCUCCCCCAGUGAACCGGGCCCUAAAGCCAGCAGCCACCCUGAGUGCUGUUCAAAAUUUAGUGGUUGAAGGACUGAGGUGUGUAGUUUUGUCAAGAGAUCUUUGCCAUAAGUUUCUGCUGCUGGCUGACUCUAACACAGUGAGAGGAAUAGAAACCUGUGGGAUCCUCUGUGGAAAACUGACACACAAUGAAUUCACCAUUACCCACGUGGUUGUGCCAAAGCAGUCUGCUGGCCCAGACUAUUGCGAUGUGGAGAACGUAGAAGAAUUGUUCAGUGUUCAGGAUCAGCAUGGCCUCCUCACGCUGGGAUGGAUUCAUACCCACCCCACGCAAACGGCGUUCCUGUCCAGUGUGGACCUUCACACCCACUGCUCCUACCAGCUCAUGCUGCCGGAAGCUAUUGCCAUCGUGUGUUCCCCCAAGCAUAAAGACACCGGAAUUUUCAGGCUCACCAACGCUGGCAUGCUUGAGGUUUCUACUUGUAAAAAGAAGGGCUUCCAUCCUCACACCAAGGACCCCAAGCUUUUCAGUAUAUGCAGCCAUGUGUUAGUAAAAGACAUAAAGACAACUGUGUUGGAUCUGAGGUGACAUGCUUCCAGUACAAGACCAUCUCUGUACCAGACGCCUGCCAUGGAUACGUGUGGCUGCCGAAUUUCUUACGAUGUUUUCAGAAGUGACUGAUAUUUUAUAUUUAUAUAUUUUAGACCAAAACUUUGAUAUUUAUUGUUCUUGCACAUUUCGAAGUUUCCUUUUUUGGGUUGCCGUGUCUCAAAAGAGGCCACAAGUUGUUCAGUCUAUAUCUAUUAAUUAUUAAUAUACCCAAAUGAUGUCAUCAGAAAUAAAUUGUGCUGCAAAUAGUAA